GCUGUUUCUCCUCCAACGUCCUGCAGGUCGAGGUGUCUGCCAACAGAGAGGUGAACCUCAUUCUCCCACUUGCUGGCGCUGGCCCGAUCAUCGCCGCGUCUUCCCCUCGUCUCCGGUGUGUGGGAGGCGGUCUCACCCGCUUCAUUCGGGCACGGACUUUCCAUUCUGAGCGACUGUCUCUGUUAACAGACCUUGAUCUUCCUUGCUCAGCCAGCCAGCUUUCCACUUGAUCUACAUGCUCAACAUCAUUUACCCAUAGUCACCCGUGUUCUGGCUCAUUCCCCCCAACCAGCGCACCAGCAACGAGGGACAUCGACAGCCCCCCUCUUCCACAAUCCACAUCCUUCUACCUACAACGUGCCCACCCUCGUUUUCGUCUUCAACACCAUAGCCUUCUUCGUCACUACAGUCAACGUCGACCAACGAGCGGCAGUCAGCAUACACCGUCCACCUCACUCUCUACCAUCGUACAUUCACGUCCAACAUGCACACUCACACGUUCACCAUCCUCCUCCUCCUCUCCCUCUUCUACGCUGUCCUCGCACAAAACAACACCGCCAACACCUCAUACGCUCUAACAGCCGUAGUCACCACCAUCCCUCCAUCCCCACUGCCCUCAAACGCUUCCUCCCUCCUCACCGCCACACCCACAGGAACACCCACAACGCUCAUCUUCACCGUCAUCCCCACUCUGUCGGCAGGGAAUGGGACAUACAACUCUACGAACAACGGGACGAGUGCGGUGGACACGCAAGUGCUCAACCCGAUCGGUAUCGAUCCUGCUUAUGGCGUGCUCGGUGCCCUCCUCAUCCUCUUACACAUCCCGCUCCUCCUCCUCGGCCCCAAGCUGAGACUCUACACCCCCCUCCUCCUCACCUCCCACAUCCUGAGCAUCACCACUCUCAUCCUGAUCCUGCACUUCGGUGUCGAGCCAAACAUCGCCCUCCACCCACCGGACCAGAUGCUGCGCGGGCUCUACCUCCUCGCAUGUAUCGUCGCCGGUGGAGUAGGGGCAGGGAUCGCCGCUCUCUGGCGAGAGUAUGCAGAAUGGGGCUGCGGAGCGGUAGGAGGGUUCGCACUCGCCUGUUGGAUAGAGGCGCUCCAUGAAGGCGGGGUGGUGCAGGGCGAAUGGCGUUGGCUGCUCUUUGCGGGGCUCGUUGUGGGAGGAUUUGUUCUCACUACCGUGAGAGUGAUCAAGACGCCCUGCUUGGUUGCGUGCGCCGCGCUCGUAGGGGCGAGCGGGAUCAUGCUCGGUAUUGACUGCUUUACCGCUGUCGGGCUGAAAGAGUUUUACAUCGCCAACCUAGGCUUUGCCGACCUAUUCCCCCAGCUUCCGCCAGGCUCUGUUCCCCUCACGCAGUCAGUCGUCGUCGAGCUCUCCCUCAUAGCAGUCCUCUUCCUCUGCUCGCUCGCGAUCCAACUGCGUGUCGUCCCCCUCCUCCGAGCUGCAAAGCAGCGGCAAGCAGAGGCACGCGCUGUGGCUGAAAGAGAGGAGGAGGAGGACAAGGCACGGCAGGGGCUGGAGAGCGAGUAUAUGCGCGCGGAGAGGGAGGAAUGGGAGGCGAGGCAUGGGAGGAGUGCGGGCCCUUCGACUGGCAGCAGUCCGCUCCUGGACGACAAGAAAGAUGGCCGACCGAGCAGCACCUUCUCUCUUCUCCCUUCGUUCCCUUUCAACGGCACUGCUGGGAAUGGACAUGCCAAUGGGAAUGGGAAUGGGAAUGGGACGACCCCGGAAGACUCACGCCACUCGCGCAGUCUCAGCAUCUCUAUGCUCCAGAACGGUGCUGAGUACUUCGACCCUUCCCGGCCCGGUGCGGGAGACAGGCGAAGCACUUCCCUCGGUGCGCUCCCCGCGCUCAACCUUGGCGGGCUCACCGAGCCCACCGGAUCGCUCGGAAUCCCCCUAGCCGCAACGACAAGCACGACCCCGUCCCUUCCCUCUCCUUCUCCCUCUCCUCGCCCAAGCUCGAACUACCGCGACCCGGAAACUGAAGCCGCUGUACAAGAUCUGAAGGAGAAGAUGGCUCUGCUCGACGAGAUCCGGACGAUUAAGGCUUCUAUCGGCAAGCUCAAGAGCGAAACUGGAAGUCUGAACCUAGCAAGGGAGGAGAGUAGGGCCAAUUCGGACGCUUCCCGUGCGAGGACCAACAGCGGGAUGACACUCGAGUUACCAGGGAGGGACGUGAGGCGCAGCUCUUCGCCUUCUCCUGCGCUGACACCUGCUCCGGGACCAACGAGCCCUACCGCGGGCCUGGGACCGGAAUGGGAUGCAUACCUCAAGCAGCGCAAGCUUUACGUGCCACCGCCGUUCCCUCAGGCACCGGCACCGGUUGUGCAGCCCAGCGCGGAACGGGUGAGACAGAGCGACCAUGUGCUUCUCGCUCUGGAGGGAAGGAGAAGGAGGGAAAGUAUGCUUGAGCUUGGGGUUGCGGAUGGGCAGCGAGCGGGGACCGUACCUGCGCGGGGGAUGAGCUAUUAUGAUCCUUCCCCUUCGGUGCAGGUUCCUCCAGAAGCGGCGAGGCGCGCCAGCGCGUACGAACUGCCCGUCAAUAUCCCAGAAGGAGGACAGCGGUCGCCCAACCCCCAGUCCUCCUCCCCACCACCACAGGCCAAGCUCCCGCACAGGAUCCUCUCCCCUCCUCUUGCGGCUUCCCCUUCCCCACCUCCUCAGCCAACACACACCGUCCUCCCCGACCGCCGAGCUUACUCCCCUCCUCCUCCUCGGGCGAUCACUCCCGUCAUAGGCCCGGAGACGAACGUCCUCUCCCCUCGGCCUGUGCGCCCGCCACCUAGGGUGCUGACGAGUGAGCAGCUGGAACAGAGGCAUCGCAAGGCUUUGAGUGGGAUGCAGAGGCCUGUGAGCCAGAUGUUGCUUGCUACCCAGCCCCAGGGUGGGAGUGGGCAGGGGCAUGCGAAGGGGAGGAGUGAGGGGGGGUCGUCUACCGAAGGCUCGGGCGUUAGGAGCUCGGAGGAGAGACAUAGGAGGACGGGGUCGAGGGAUCCUGAGAGGGAGAGGGAGAGGGAGAGGGAGAAGAGGGAGAAAGGCCGUGACGGGAGAGAGCGCGAUAGGGAGAAGGAGAAGGAGAAGGAGAGGAGGAAGAGCGGAGGUGAUUUGGAGAGACUUGUCGAAGGCCGGGAGCUGAGGGACGGGAGAGAGCAGAAGCAUGAGCCUCUUGGGCAGAGAAAUGGUCAUGGGGUUUCUCAUAGCCAGUCGUAUGCCCCGGGCAGCGGGAGAGAGCACAGGAGGAGAGCGAGCGAGGUGCCGUUCCCUAGCCAGGGGAGGUAUGAGAGGGGUGAAAGAGAGCGCGAGAGGGAGAGGGAGAGGACGGGCAGGAGCUAG